UUCAGGGAAUUACCCACUAAAAUUUAGCCGCGUAUUUUUCGCACACCCUGUAUAAUACUCAUAUACGACCUUCAUUAAUUAACCUUAUUGGGCUGGUGGAAUUAUUGUGCAUACUGACAUACGUCAUAAUAUUGAUACUGUGACUUAUUACUAAAUAAUUUUUUGGUAAUGUCGUAUUCAAAUAGAUCUAGCUCAAGCGGUGGACCUCGACAACCCCGUCCAACUUUAAACAAAGACUGGUGUAAACUAAAUUUAGAUCAGAGCAUCCAUUUGAAACAACGAAGAAUAGAGGAUUUAGAAGCUAGUGUUCAUCCAGGAAACAAGCAGUAUGAAAAGCCAGCAAUCAGUUUCACUACCGAAAGUAUCUACGAGGGACCAUGGAAUUGCAUAGGCUUUUCUGGUCGUGGGACAUAUGUUUAUCCUCAUGGACCUAUUUACACGGGUACAUUUAAGGACGGUGAGUUUCAUGGACUUGGUGUUAUAUCAUAUCCGAUGGGCCACAAAGUGAAGGGGCUGUGGAAAAAUGGCAAAUUAGUUUCCAAAUGUUUCUACUUCCCUGAUGGUUUGAAAGCUACCGACCCAUGGUAUUAUUGUAAAAUUCCCGAUAGAAGAUUCCAGAUCGAAUUCAACACGAGUUUGAAUAGUGCCGGCUCCGAAUUUCUGACAAAUAGACAACCAACUAUAAAUCUUCCCGAAGGAUGUUACGAUACAAUCAACGGUUUUUACGAUCCCGAAGCAAAUUGUAUCUACAAUUAUGAUGAAGAAGGACUUAAAGAAAAUGAUCCUACCAAACAUAUAAGGUGUGGAGAUACUUUGAAAAGGCCAGUCCUAUCAGAAGAAAGUAGUUUUAUCAAAGCCAACUAUCGCAAAUCAUCCAUAGAAACUGUUGGUUUUGCUCCUGAACUUUACGAGUACUGGACCACAGGCAGAGAAGAAGAAAUAUCGAAAGCUAUUUUUAAGCUACAUCUACCAGAUAAAACCGCAGACUCGUGUCAGAUGUCAGUUGAGUCGGGCUCUAUUCCAAGCGAGUCAUUGUUGAAUAUCGAAGAAAAAAAAUAAUCCGUUAGAGUUUUAUUGCAAUAUCUUUUUUACGUAUAUAUUUAUUUAUAAAUUUUUAUAAGAUUUUAAGGAAAUAUACACUUUUAUUUUUUCU